UAGUGAUAUCACAUGGUGAUGAAAAAUAAAAAUGAAAAAUAAUUAAUAUUUCGAAUAGGAAGAAAAUAAUGUGGGGAAAGCAGUGAAUAAAAAUGUAUUAAAUUUUACGGAAUGUCAUUUACAGUGUUGCCAUGUGUUAUUGUUAGAAUUGGCAUCCAUACAUCAGCCGGUGUUUAAAAACUACACACGGCAUGCUACAAUAUCAAUAACAAGCGCUGAUGCUAGAUCCGCGUCACCAUCCAUAUCCGUGCCCAACCGGUGAGGUCCGCUUUAAUUUUGUGGUUAGUGACGUUUAGUAAAUUGCGAACGUUAUUUCGCAGCAAAUCGCAGCAACUUUUUGCAACCUGAAAAUCGAUCGUUUCGAUUUAGACGCAACUAUUUCAAGCGAGUAAACCACGGACAAUACAAAUUGGUUAGUCUGUCGAACGGUGUUGCCAGCGCGACAACUCUUGCGCUGUUUCCGGCGGAUUUAAUGUUACCGAAAUACCUACUUUUAUAAAACGUGUUUCGUCAAGCGUAUGAUGCAUUGAAAUCGCGGGAAAUUAUAUUUCCUCGUGAUAUCAUUUUAUUUGAUGACGCAUAUGAAGGUCGAACUUGUUUUCGUGGCCAGCCGGGAUCAUACCGUAUUCACUUUCCGCGAAAACUGAUGCGGCGACGUUAAUUUCGUGUUUGACCAUAGAAAGUAGAGGUAGGUUAAUUGCAUUAAGAAGAACCCUCUUUUUACCAAUCGAAGGAGUGAUAAAUCGAAUUCGGUGUUAGAGAGUUGCGUAGUGCAGUGUCCUAAAUGGCAAACAAAAAAAAAACGCGUAUUGACGGCGUCGCUUUGGUCGCAGUUCCUCAGAUCGACAUUCGCCGAUCGACUCUGGGGCGAUGCUCGAUUCCGAUGAGACAGGGCAACACUCGCAAGUCGUCAUCAUCGGAUCAGCAGCAGCUCGUCUCUUAUCCUCCGCCAUUCGCCAGUGAUUCCGUCGACACUCUCAAUACAGGCUCUCUACAUACAGUUUCGACCGAAUUAGUCGAGGUGGAGGAGCAUGACACCGCCGGCGACGUUUCGGAUGGCGAGUCCUCAACCUGGGACACCCUCAAGCUGACCUCCCGGGGCGGCCGGGGCACGCACACACCCCCGAAGCGAACGUCGGCAAGGGGCGGCGGCAGGGGUGCCCCACGUGAUGAGACGCCGAAAGAAAUACAAGAAGACGAUGAAGCAACUCUCAGAGAGCUGCUUAUUAGCUUGCAGAAGCAGGUGAGCGUGAUGAGCAUGAAUCUGAGCGCCAAGCUGGACGAGUUGCAACGCGGCGACCGCCACUUGGAGACGACGGUGGCUCUCUGCGAGAUACGUACGCAGCUCCAGGAGCUCACCAAGUCUGUGGAGUCGUGUCAGUCGGAGGUGUCGGAGGUCAAACGCGACAUGGUUGCGAUCAAGCACGAGCUAGACACCGUGCAACAGGUCAAAGAGGAGAUCGAGGAGUUGAGGGAGUACGUCGAUCGCCUGGAGGAACACACGCACCGUCGAAAGUUGCGUUUGCUCGAACAGGGUUUGACGGCUUUCCUCUCCUACGCCAUAUUCGCCGCAGUGCUGGGCAUGUUCCAGUUCGGUUUCAACACUGGGGUGAUAAACGCGCCUCAGAGCAACAUCGAGUGGUUCAUGAAGAAUGUGUACAAGUCCCGAUACGGCGACGACCUGGGCGACGAAUGGGCCAAAACGUUGUACUCGGUGGUGGUAUCGAUUUUCGCUAUUGGCGGUAUGGUCGGUGGUUUCAGCGGCGGAAUGGUCGCCGACAAAUUCGGAAGGAAAGGCGGUCUACUCCUCAACAACGUCCUCGGGAUAACCGGGGGUAGUUUAAUGUGGUGCGCCAAAGUGGCCAACUCAUACGAAAUGCUCUUCUUCGGGAGGUUUAUCAUUGGAGUCAAUUGCGGGCUGAACACAUCCCUCGUUCCCAUGUAUAUAUCCGAAAUAUCCCCCCUGAACCUUCGCGGCGGAUUGGGUACCGUGAACCAGCUCGCCGUCACUUUGGGUCUGUUACUGUCGCAAGUCCUCGGCAUCGAGCAAAUCCUGGGCACGAACGACGGCUGGCCACUGCUCCUCGGUCUGGCGGUCGUUCCCGCCUUGCUGCAGUUGGUACUGCUGCCCGUGUGCCCGGAGAGUCCCCGUUACCUACUGAUCACUAAACAGUGGGAGGAAGAGGCGAGGAGAGCACUGAGCCGCCUAAGAGCCAGCAAUCGGGUGGAGGAGGAUAUCGACGAGAUGCGCGCUGAGCAGCAUGCGCAGCAAGCGGAGGCCUCGAUCAGCAUGGUUGAGCUGAUUUGCUCGCCCACGCUGCGCACGCCUCUGAUCAUCGGCAUCGUGAUGCAGCUCUCGCAGCAGUUGUCCGGGAUCAACGCGGUGUUUUACUACUCAACCGACCUGUUUGAGUCGUCGGGCCUGACCCCGGAGAGUGCCAAGUUCGCGACGAUCGGUAUCGGGGUGAUUAUGACCGUGAUGACGUUGUUCUCCAUCCCGCUGAUGGACCGGAUGGGUCGGAGGACGCUCCACCUCUACGGAUUGGGGGGGAUGUUUAUAUUUUCGAUAUUUAUCACCAUUUCGUUUCUGAUAAAGGAGUUUUUCGGGUAUGUGCAGGAAAUGAUCGAUUGGAUGUCGUACUUGUCGGUCGUGUCGACGCUCUUCUUCGUGAUGUUCUUCGCGAUGGGCCCCGGCUCCAUACCCUGGAUGAUCACUGCCGAAUUAUUCUCCCAAGGACCCAGACCCGCGGCCAUGUCUAUCGCCGUCCUCAUCAACUGGCUAGCCAACUUCCUCGUCGGUAUCGUUUUCCCUAGCAUGAAGAACUUCCUCGAAAACUACACGUUCCUGCCGUUUAGCUUCUUCCUGGCGCUGUUCUGGAUAUUCACGUACAAGAAGGUACCCGAAACCAAAAACAAGACCUUCGAAGAGAUCCUCGCGCUGUUCCGACACGGAGACGUCGGUUACAGUUUUCGAGACAGUCGAUUGUACGGGAGUAUGUUAAAUUGCGUGAACGCCCUUGAGCAACACCUGCCCGUUACGGAACAGUCGGGACUUGUCGUGACCGAGGAAAAAACCCAGCAGGAAUCAUUUUAUAAUCCGUUUGAGAGACGCACACAUAAAACAACAUACAAUCCCAGAAGACACUCGUCUUAUUACGGCUCAAUAUCAGCGGGUUCGGAGCGGUCUUCCCGCGCGGGGGACACGACGACGUCGUCGCAGCCCCCGCCGCCCCUGCCACCGCCACGGUUCCCGAACAGCGCCGUUUGACAAUGGGAAAGUCUCAACAUCGCCUCGUUCAGCUUGUUACCCCUUCCGACACCCCUGUUAGCCAUCGAAGACCACCUAGUGGAGAUCAUCUUGGAACGGAGCAAGGCGUGCGCCACCUAUCUCCGUCACAGUUUUAAAAGACCGCAGAGACACUGAUAACGGGAUACGCGGCGUGGCCGCACCCUUCGGUCCGAGUGCGUUUAGAUAGACCUUUCGACCCGAGGUUUCGUAUGGCCUUAAUAUGCUCAGUUUACUUUAUAAAAAAAUACGAUGUUAAUACGCCACUAGUGCCGUAGUUACCGUUUGAAGAGUUAACGCACUGACUUUACACACGUUAAGACGCUAAUUAAACAAAAGUGGCCCGAAGUAUGCCUAAAAACGACGGAUUAUCAAUAAACUGCAUCGUCCGCUCGUAUUCCGGACGUAUUUAUUACGGUUCGCUUACUUUUUUUAUUCCUAUAAGCUCUUGCAUGCAUGCACCCGAAACUGUCGCCGUAGUAGCUAUUUUGGUUUUUUCUUAAAUGAGAGGCGGAAGACCCAAUAAGAUUCAGUAUUUCCCAUCUCACUAUGUUACCGUUUACGAAGCACUCAGCUACCUAUACUUACGCUACGUCUUUUCGUUGUUCUACCACACUAACUUGUGUUUGAACGCGUGUCAUUAUAAACAGUAAAUCUAAAAGAAAAUACUUUUUUAAGAAAAGUCGCAAGUUUUACGCGCCUCUAGUUUUGCAAUGUCACUAUCAAGUUAUCUUGCGUAUUGUAUAUGUUAUCUUAGGUUAGGUACCUAAUAGACUGACAAGUACAUAUUUAUUUUCGUUUACAAGGCAGCAAUUCAUUUUUAUUUGGUCUUUAAUUUCCUGUUGGGAAGGAAUAAACUCUAGUCCGUAUAUACAAUUUGAUAACCAGUUUUACCGGAAAUUCUACACAAAGUUGCUGACAAUUUGUAUACAAUACUUGAAAAUAAAAAUUAUGUUGGCAAAUUGCAACAUAAAAAAUAAAAUUUACAUUUCCAUAACUUUUUAAACUGGUAUUAAAAUAUACAUAUGAAUGAUCGUCCACAUUUUUGGAUAGAGAGCUGAUUGUUUGGUAAGCUUUCAAAUUUUCUAAUCGAAUCUAGGGUGUUUCCUAGCAGCCUCUCUGUAUGCGUGGAUCUACGGUGCAUGUAUACCCGAAAAUUUAUUAAUUCGUUUCGCUAAUCCAGCUUGCCCUUCAGUCCGUUUAAUUUACGAACUAUGGACAUUUGAAAAGAUAAACGCAAAAUAUAAUAUUUGUUCGUUGCUUCCUUUUUUUCACGUAUAAAAUUACCACGAACCAACUCACAAAUGUUCCAUGGGCAUUAUUUUUCUUUUCGUAUCUAAGCUUUGGACAGAACGGUGUCUAAAGUUUCGUUCGUAAAUUAAACUGGCCUUGGACCAUGUCUGUUCGUAUGCCGUGGUUUAUAUUCUAAAAAUGACACUGCCAACCCGAUUUACCAUGCGGACAGACAUGCGCGAAGAUUCCGUAUAAAUAUAUGUAUUUAGUAAUUAAAAAAAACCUUUGGAAGAACGUUUCUUCGAACGAACACUCGUAACAAAUGUUCGCUUUGAUUCAGAAGCCAAACACGGACUGUUAAACGGAUUUUGUUAGAUACUAGGUAUAACGAUUAUGAUUGUUAAUUUUUAAAACGCUCAAUUUUGAUAUAUUUUAAAUCACGCACGAUCACGAAUUCGCCUGGUGUAGGAAUUGAGCAAAGAAUCGCGGAUCCUUAAAAUUUGACGCGUCCAUGUUUAAAAUCAAAUGACGUGUGGUUUUGUUUUCGGACGUUUUGAUGUAGUUCUGCCAGGCCCGUCGUAAGUGAAACAUGGAAGUUACCCCGCGAGACAUCUUUAAUUAAUAUGGACUCGUUUAGGUAGUGUUUUUUUCAGUUUUUAUGAAAAAUCGCUAUUCGACUUAUUGUAUUUAUUAUUAUAUACACUGAGGACGGAGGUAUGUAAAUAACAUGCGAAAAAAAAUCGGAUUGGGAUUUGCGAAGUUGCCUAUAACGAGAAAGCGACAAUAUCAUUGUUAAAAAUUCACUGCCAUGCGUUGGAUAACACACUUGUAUUCCGUCUUCAAAGCUUCUACGCUUUUUUCCGGCAUAAAUUAAGGUCGUCCGUUUAUAACUAUUCCAAAUUAUUUCUUUUUUCCUUGUGAUGAUCACAACAGGGGUCUGGAAAAUUAGGGUAUUUUUGGACAGUUAGACGUAAACUACCGGUAAAUAUUUGAGGUUAUAAUCUUGGUUGUUCUUUACGACUCCAAACUAAACUAAAACCACCACGGGAACAAUUAACUUUGAUGCAUUAUUUUUGCUGUCUAAGAAUUUUUAUAAAGAUCCCACUGUUAAAAUAAACUUUCCAAUUAAAUUGAAGCACUUACCUGAUUGACAUUUAUAAGUCCGCAAAGAACGGUUUAUCGUCGGAAAGGGUCUUUUAAUAACCGGUAGUUCGCAUUUAAUCUCUUAAUUAAUUAGGGUGACCAAAUGUACUCCUUCUAGAAGUAUACGGUGCGUGUUCUUUGUAAAUUCAAGCUCAAAAACUGGCUACGUCGUCUUAUUUACCAUAAGUUAAAAUUACAAUAUUGAUUUUAAUUUCUAUUUCAAGUUUUAUGUUAUGGUUUUAGUUUAACGCGUUCUCACUUCUGGAGAAUAUCAAAAAGAAGCCUGAUAAUUUAACCUGUUGUGUUGUGAUCGUUAUCAUUAUUUCAUCGAAAUUUUAAAACCUGGUUGUAAGCUGUAAGCAAAACUUCGAGUUUAGGGAAACAUUGCAUAUGGCGUACGUUUGUUCCUGCCCGGUUCCAUUAAAGUUAAUUUUGGUUAGUUCGGUUAAAAUAUUGAUUAGUAUAUUGGUUAAUUGAAUUGCGAAAUGCUUUGAAAUUGAUUUCACUGUAUAUGUUAACAUAUUCCGAUGAUGAUAUGGAUUAGGCCAGUCUCUUUCAUUACGAAGGUAUCCUUCAGGAAUUUUGGAUUAUAGUGUUUGUAUAUUUGCAAGAUAUUUAGCAGUCGUGGCCAUUAGAAGGAAAAGUAACCAAAACUUUGCCAAUAGCAGUAAAAAAACCUACAAAACUUUAUCAUUGCGCGUUUUAUGCUUAGACCUUUAUUGGAUUUAUGGUUUCAGUUUAUCCAAUCUUUGUGGUAUAAAAUUAACAACCAUAUAUUAUAGUCGUAAUUAUACCCAUUUGUAAUGUCAUGCUGGUUGGGAAAAACGUAUGUUGGGCAAAAAUAUCAUGUUACCUUGAGAAUAUUAAUUUCAUUUUUAAAGUUAGUAAUACAUUUAAAAUUCUAUCUCAUCUCAUUAUACGUCUUGUUAUCCUUCUCUCGGCGUUAUUCAAAACUCUUUGAAAAAUUGUCAUGGAUAUUUCACAUAAACUUCAAUAAAUGUAUAUAAAAAAUGAAUAACAUUUCGACAUUCAUUUUUUUCACCGCUAUUUGGAUUAUAUUAAAAAAGAUAAACAAAAAUGACGUCAUUACAAAUGGGAAUAAUACCGUCUUUAAUUACAUACAUAUUUACGUUUCGUUUUAGAUUUUUGUUGUGCUAUGGACAGAAGUUGUGUUCAAGCAAACCAAGUUUUGCAACAGGAGUUGUUGUCCAACACUAUUUCCUAAAAAAAGUUGUAUAGUUUCUAGAGUUCUACUUUAUAUAAGACAUUUGGUCACCCUAUAUUAAUUCCAAAUAUGAAAAACGAUGUCGGUUGGCUUUAAAAAUAUGGCUGUACAUAUAAGCUAUAUAUUUACUAAUAAUAAUUAUCUACUGAUGUGCAUGGCAUUUUCGCAAACGCCCGCGGAUCCACGAUUAUUCUAAAAUGUAAUGGGUACAACUAUUUGUUUCGAUUAGGUAAUGAAAGCUCAAAGUAUUUUGGGUGAUGUCUCUAUAUAAAGUUAACCUAAGUAUAGUUAACGGUUAUUAUUACUCCCACGUAUUUUGUAAUGAUACAAAAUGUAAAUAACACAAUAUGUUGCUUAUAAUGACGAUUUUCAAGUUUCGUUCGUUAUGUAGUUUCCGUUGACAAAGUGUUUAGAGGCAUAUUUAUCCCCUUUUGCAUAUUUGUCCGCGUCGGUGCACCAAAAAAGCAUAUGCAUAAUAAACAAAUCUUCAAAUUAAAAAAGGCUUUCUGACGCACCAAGACGUUUAAUUUUACACCAACGUGCUAACAAAUGGCGCCAUUGAAACCGUUUUCUGUUCAACCAGAUUCGUCAAACACUUUUCUGCUUGCGCUUCAGCGACAAUAAAUAGUUGGUUUACUGACGUACUCAACGAUGAAAAAUACAAUGGUCUGUGGCGGUCGCCAACGAGCAAAACUUGAAGCUUCUGUGAGAGGGAUUCGAAAUUAUUUACGGUGUGAUUGUAUGUGAUCCGAUAAAUAUGCCUUAUGAUUGACUGUUUUUAUAAUUAAAUCUUUAUUGUUAAGUUACGACAUGAAUUAUUAAUACUGUGUUUAAAAAAAAAAAAACUUAACCGUAAGUGAAUCAACAUAGGAGCAGUAGAGCGGUAUACAUAUUAUAUGUUUACGACAAUUACUAAAGAAAACUAAACAGUAUCGAAUAAAUUAAAUGAGAAACUACUAGCACCAAUUGAGGUUGGGCCCUGUUGGUGUGGCGUUUCAUAGAAAAAGUUAUCGUUAGUGUUCGUUUCUCGGAUUGUUUUAACGUUCCGUUAUGUAAUUUCACCCUAGAUUCGCUACGGUCGGCACACGUGUAAGAUAUAUAGCGUAAUACGUUAUUUUGUGUUUUAGACUUCGAAAUAAAUAAUAAAAUUCGUAGUUCAAUAUUAGUGGAAAACUAACCACAUAAAGGAAUAACCCCAUCGAAUUUUAGUUGUAUACCAUAUAUGUAUGACACGUUUUCACAAUUGAAGCACUUUUAUUAUCCUCAUGUUGAAAUCCCCGUGCACUCAAAUACCUAGAACCAUUAUUAUCGGCUCGAAGGGCGUUAAUAAUAAGUACUAAGUUGUUUUUUUUUGUUUGGACUUCUUAUAAUUAGGCGUCACAAAUCGAUAAUAGUAUGUAUCAGCAAAAACUUUAUAGUCAAUUAGAUAUGUCGUAGACAGUAAAGAUUAUAGCUGUAAUUUUGCGAACUGUACGAUUAUAGUAAUAAUGGGCCUAAAGAUGGCGCCACGUACUAAACAGGGCGAACUUCAAAGCAAACGGAGCAAAAAUGAUUAUUCUAAAUGUACAUAUUGUUAAAUAAUUUAAACUACAAAGUAAGCGUACUAAAUAAUUCUAAGUUGAUUUCGUUCGAAAAUCGUUUAUUUGUGUAAAAAUAUUAUGAAUCGCGAAUAUGUAUGUUUAUAAUUUUGGGAUAAAAAUUUAUGUGACAUUCUCUGUAGAUAUAUUGUUUCGGGUUAUUCAAAAUUAUUGAGAGUACGGGGUUACGUUCCUCUCUAGCAAAUGAAAAUUUGGCAUGUAUUUUGCGUCAAAUGGUCAAUAAUUUCUUAUGUUUAAGGUCCUGUUUGCACUCUGAUUAUUGCGUCACCACAAUUGCAUAAACGAAUAUAUAGUGACAGUCAAUUCUUAACUUCUACCGGCUUUCAAUUUUUCGUUUAAAUUUCCGCGUUUUUUUUAAUUCUAAUAUAGGGUUUUCUAAAGCGCCAACAGGACUGGUGUAGGUACUUUUUAUUUGGUAAAAGUGAUGAAAACACGAGCGACUCGAGAUGUAAGAACCUGUUUGAAAGUUUUAUUGAUUAGUUAGGUUUAGAACUAUGUUAAUUAAUGACUAUGAAAAAUUACGAAACAUGUAAAGUUUCCUGAAUGCAAUAAAAUUCU